AUGACGGAGGGUCGAGAUACCCCUUCUUUUGCUGUUCUUGACGCUACAGGGCUUUUUGUUAAGGUGGAAACGGUUGAAGGCUCUAUGUACAUGGGUAAGCUUUCCAGAUUUGAUAUGGAUAAUGGGGAUGUUGAACUAAGCGAUGUUCGGUGUCAACAUCGCGAUUCAUCACUUUCUGUAGAAUGUCGUGUUUUUAUAAAGGGUUCAAGUGUUAGGCUUAUGCACCUUCCAUCACAUAUGAGAAAAGCUUCUUUCUUGGAUUGGGCAAAUCCAAGUGUUCAAAAAGAACUCAAAGAGAGUUUGAAAGUACGACAUUCCAAACGACGUGAAGCUCAAAAAUCUACCGCAGUUAAUACAAAGAAGGCUAAGCAGCGAAAGUUGAAAAAAUUGCUAUGA